UCCAAAUCCGUAUUAUCCUGAUCCUCAUAGAACACGAAAAAAGUUCUAUCUGUGUCCCGAAGCAUGGCAAUCCCCAUGAACAUAACGGACACGAAGAGAGUUGCGACCUCUUCCAAAGACGACCACCGCUGUUCUGUCCACCAAAAAAAUGGUCGCAGUCCACAAACAUACAGACAGCAACAGCAAAACGGCCAGACAACGCGGGGUACCCGACUCCAGUCCCUGCCCAAAUCUGCUGGCCAGGGCGGGGACAGAGCCCCUGCUCCUCAAAAACCUCGCCAUUCAAAUUUCCGACGCUGCCGCUCCCAACGGCGUCCGUUCCAGGUCAGCAAUGACCAGGACGUGGUGAUGAGAGACGUUUCCGGCCAGGCAACGCAGGGUAUGCGCCUCCAGUCCCUGCCUAACUCUCCUGGCCAGGGCAGGGACAGAGCCCCUGCUCCUCAAAAACCUCACCCCCCAAAUUCCCGACGCUGCCGCUCCCACCGGCGUCCGUUCCAGGUCAGCAAUGACCAGGACGUGGUGAUGAGAGAUGUUUUUGGCCAGACAACGCAGGGUAAUCGCCUCCAGUCCCUGCCCAACUCUCCUGGCCAGGGCAGGGACAGAGCCCCUGCAUCUGAAAAACCUUACCCCCCAAAUUCCCGACGCUGCCGCUCCCACCGGCGUCCGUCCCAGGUCAGCAAUGACCAGGACGUGGUGAUGAAAGAUGUUGCUCAGGCUAGGGAUGAAGUCCCUACCUUCAAGCAGUCCCCCCUUCGGUCUAUCCUAAAGGUCAGCAAUGACCAGGAUAGAGUGAUGAAGGAUGCCUUUCUUCCCCCCCGCAAAGUUCACUUUGCGGAUCCCGAACACCCAUUCCCCCUUCAUCAUGAGCCUGUGGAUGUGGAGAUGGUUGAUGUUGUGGAUGAUUCGGAUGUAGAGAUGGGGGAUGCUGAUGUUGAGAUGGAAGAUGCCCCUGAGCUUCCCUGGUGGGUGUGUGAUGUGUCGAUGGAGUGAGUGAAGCUAUGCAAGCUUCAAGUUCCUGUAUCUUUUCUUAUCUUGUCUGAGAACCCAUGUUCAUUCCUCAUGUAUGGUGUUGAACCCCAAUGGCGUAUUUGUUGAUGGACUGCAAGCUAAAGCUACAGACAUCCCUGCUUCCCUUCCCUGACUCAAUCCGUUGGUAGUUUGGUCAGGAGACAGAUCAACGAAGAGCUUUUCCA